AUUGAACUGUCACUGGCGUCACCGGUACUUUGCCGAACCGAAGUUUGCGAAUCUGCUUGACGAGCGCGUGAAAUCGUUAUUUAAGCCGGCUUCCCACGCGUGUACCUCCAGGAAAAUCUUGAAAAAGCAACAAAAUCGUUAUGGCUGAAGAAUCAUUUUAUGGUGUAACUUUGACGGGGAAGGACAGCACCGUCGAGUGGGACGUUCUCUCGAACGAUGAGGAUUAUCCGCGUGGACAGAAGCUGAUCAUUAAACAAAUUCUGCUUGGCGCCGAAGCGAAGGAAGGCGAAUUCAAUGUUGUUGAGGUACAAACCGUCAAGGAUUCCCUAAGAAUUCCAUUAGCUGUACUGAAGGCCGGCGAAACACGUGCUGUCAAUCCAGACGUUGAAUUUUACGAUACUUCUGUAAGUUUCAAACUGAUCCAAGGCAAUGGACCAGUCUACAUUCACGGACAAAAUCUAAAAGAUGAAGUUGAAGUAGUUGAUAUGGAAGAAGACACAGACGAAGAAGACGAAGGCGAGGAGGAAGAGGAUGAGGGACAGCCAAAAAAGAAGCUCAAAUUGGAAAAUAACACAGACGGCAAAGGAGCCAAAAACAAGAAAAAAUAGACACAUAAAAUUUAAUCAUUCAAUUUUUUUAGUUCCUCCAAUUAAUUUUUUGUGUUUUUUUCUUUUAUUUUCCCUCAAACUUAAUUAAGUUUUUACUUAAGAUAAAAAGCGCUGAAGAUUUUUGAAAAGUGGAAUCGUAUAAGAAUAAAAGAGAAAAACAAUCACUCGACAAGAAUUUUGACUGUGAAGUUUCUUUUAAGACAAGUCUUCGAUACAUUGGACACAUUUUCUUCAAAACCGCUUAUUGAUUUUCCUGAAUUUCUUUCACUUCCUUUCUAUUAACAAGAAAACAUAUAAACAGUAUAUGCAAUGACUUAACGUAUGAUGUUCGUUGUAAAAGGUCAUAACCGAAGAAUGCAGUCGUGAAUAAAGAUAAAUUUUUAAACUUA